AUAAUAAUAAUAAUAACAAAAAAAGAAAAUUCAACUUCUCCAAAGUUCUCUCCCACCUCUCUCUGUUACAAAAGAGAGACUCACUUUAGCAUAAGCCUUAGGGCAAAGCAGACAUUCUUCUUCUUCUUCUCUCAAUUUCUGUGAUUCUGCAAAGCCAUGGUGGAGGCCAUGGAAUUUCUCCGAUCCAAUCUCUCCCGCGUUCGGAUCCCCGAGCCCACCAACCGUAUCUACAAGCAGGAAUGCUGCUUAUCCUUUGACACUCCGAAAUCCGAAGGUGGCUUGUUCAUCGACAUGACUACAUUUCUUGCUUUUGGAAAGGAAUGUGUUGGUUGGAACUAUGAGAAGACUGGAAACCCUGUUUAUUUGCAUAUAAAGCAAACAAAAAAGUUGGUUCCCGAAGAUAGACCUUUAAAGAAACCUACUUUACUGGCUAUAGGUGUUGAUGGUGGAUUUGACAACAAUGAAAUUGAUUAUGAAGAGACCUACAGUAUAGUCAUGUUGCCUGAUUAUGUAACUCUUCCUUUUCCUUCUGUGGAGUUACCAGAGAAGGUAAGGUUGGCAGUUGAUGCCAUUUUAAGGGCUGAAGGUGCUGAGAGGAAAGAGCAAGUUGCAGCCUGGACAGCUGAUAAAAAGCAAAUUAGUGCAUAUGCAAUGAGUUUACAACAAAUUGGCAAUGGUGUUAUUGUUCCCCCAUCUGGGUGGAAAUGUUUCAAGUGUGAUAAGACAGAAAAUCUUUGGCUGAACCUAACUGAUGGAAUGAUUCUCUGUGGACGAAGAAAUUGGGAUGGAACUGGUGGCAACAACCACGCCGUUGAGCAUUAUAAGGAAACAGGCUAUCCUCUUGCUGUAAAACUGGGGACAAUUACGGCUGAUUUGGAAGGAGCAGAUAUUUACUCUUACCCAGAGGAUAAUAGUGUUUUGGAUCCUCUUCUAGCACAACAUCUGGCAUUUUUUGGAAUUGAUUUUUCAUCACUACAGAAGACAGAAAUGACUACUGCUGAAAGAGAACUUGACCAGAAUACCAAUUUUGAUUGGAACCGGAUUCAAGAAAGCGGACAGGAUGUGGAGCCUAUUUGCGGACCUGGUUACACGGGGCUUGUCAAUCUUGGAAAUAGCUGCUACCUGGCAGCCACUAUGCAGGUUGUGUUCUCAACACACUCCUUCUACACACGGUACUACAAGAAUCAAACGUUGAAAACGGCUUUUGCGAUGGCUCCUGCUGAUCCCACUGUAGACCUGAAUAUGCAGUUAACAAAGCUGGGACAUGGUUUGCUGUCUGGUAAAUACUCUAUUCCAUCUCAUGAGGAAAAGGAUCAUACAAAUACUUCUACACCAACAGCGACUGCUAAACAAGAGGGGAUACCACCUCGUAUGUUCAAAGCUGUUAUUGCUGCCAGUCAUCCUGAAUUUUCUACCAUGAGACAGCAGGAUGCCUUGGAGUUCUUCCUACAUUUUCUUGAUCAAGUUGAACGAACAAAUGGUGGGAAACCUGAGCUUGAUCCUGCAAGGUGUUUCAAGUUUGGUGUUGAAGACCGUAUUCUGUGCUCAUCUGGAAAAGUUGCUUACAAUAGAAGGCUUGACUAUAUUCUUUCUCUAAAUAUCCCAUUGCAUGAAGCUACUAAUAAAGAGGAGCUUGAAGCCUUUCAUAAACUGAAAGCUGAAAAAAUUUCAGAAGGGAAGGAAGUAUCUAAUGAUGAGGUUGUACGUCCAAGGGUGCCUCUAGAAGCAUGUCUUGCCAGCUUUUCAUCUCCAGAAGAGAUACAUGAUUUUUAUAGUACUGCGUUGAAGACUAAGACAACAGCUGUCAAGACUGCUGGUCUAACUUCGUUCCCUGAUUAUCUAGUUUUGCAUAUGCGGAAAUUUGUUAUGGAAGAGGGUUGGGUGCCAAAAAAGCUAGAUGUCUAUGUAGAUGUACCAGAUAUUGUAGAUAUUAGUCACAUGCGCAGUAAGGGAUUUCAACCGGGAGAGGAGCUGUUACCAGAGGGUGGUCCUUGGGAUGAGGCUGAAUCCAAUAAACCUGUUGCCAAUGAUGAUAUUGUUGUGCAGCUUGUUUCGAUGGGUUUUAGUCAUCUUCAUUGUCAGAAGGCUGCCAUCAAUACCUCUAAUACUGGAGUGGAGGAGGCAAUGAAUUGGCUACUUUCUCACAUGGAUGAUCCAGAUAUAGAUGCUCCUAUAUCCCAAGGUGGUGAAACAGUGGUGGACCAAUCACAAAUUGAUGUGUUGCUUUCAUUUGGAUUUCAAGAAGAAAUUGCCCGGAAGGCUCUUAAGGCAUCGGGCGGUGACAUUGAGAAAGCAACAGAUUGGAUUUUCAACAAUCCUGAUGCUUCUGCUGCUUCUGAUACGGAUGCUACAACAUCAAACACAACUACUGUGGCUGAUGUCGGGCUACCUGAUGGAGGAGGAAGAUACAGACUUAUAGGAAUUGUUAGCCAUAUCGGAACCUCUACUCAAUGCGGCCACUACGUAGCUCACAUUUUCAAAGACGGGAGAUGGGUUAUUUUUAACGAUGACAAGGUUGGGGCUUCCAUUAACCCUCCCAAGGACAUGGGGUAUAUAUACUUCUUUGAGAGGCUUAGCAGUUGAGAGGCUUGAAAUUUAAAGACAACGCAAAAGAGGUAGGAAAUAAUAGUGGAGUAGAGAUAGUGGACAGUUUUGCAGAAAUUCAGCAACAAACUAAUUAAUUAUUCAUGUGCACUUUGGUCUGAUGUAUGUAGCAUGGGAUUUUGGGGUGGCCCUUGUCCUGGGAUGAUAUUGAUUUCCUAUAAGCUACAUUGUGUUUUUCUUGCUGCAUUUGCUGGGUAUAACUAUCUCUUCA